AUGGUCCGCAUCAUCAUAAAGGGUGGUGUUUGGAAGAACACGGAGGAUGAAGUUCUAAAGGCCGCUAUUGCAAAGUAUGGCAAAAAUCAAUGGGCACGUAUUUCGUCACUCUUGGUGCGCAAGACACCGAAGCAAUGCAAAGCGCGAUGGUACGAGUGGCUGGAUCCGUCAAUCAAGAAGACGGAGUGGUCCAAGACGGAGGACGAGAAGUUAUUGCACCUGGCAAAACUUAUGCCAACGCAAUGGAGAACCAUAGCUCCCAUCGUCGGCCGAACAGCAACGCAGUGUCUCGAGCGAUAUCAAAAGCUUCUGGAUGAAGCGGAGGCCAAGGAAAACGAAGAGCUGGGAUUGGCGGGUCCGGGUGAUGAAGCGGGUCCUAGUGCUGACGACGUUCGGAGACUACGACCUGGCGAGAUUGACCCAGACCCUGAGACCAAGCCUGCGCGUCCGGAUCCCAUUGACAUGGACGAGGAUGAGAAGGAGAUGCUGUCCGAGGCGCGCGCUCGUCUAGCGAACACGCAGGGCAAGAAGGCGAAGAGGAAGGCUCGAGAGCGUCAGCUGGAAGAGGCGAGACGAUUGGCUGUGCUGCAAAAGAAACGAGAGCUGAAGGCAGCCGGUAUCAUUAUGCGCCAUAAGUCAAAGAAGAAAGGCAUGGACUAUAAUGCAGAUAUUCCGUUCGAGAAGAAACCUGCGCCAGGGUUUUACGACACCGCUGACGAGCAAGCCCGCGCUACGACUGCACCCGUUGGACAAAGUCUUCGCAGGCUGGAGAACAAGCGCAAACCUGAUGAAGAGGAAGCUGAACGAAGAAAGCGACAGCGGAAAACGAACGGCAAGGAGGGUGGAGAUGGGCCGCAUCAGACGAAGUUCGUUGCUGCGCGUGACGCCCAGAUUCAGAAGUUGAAGGACGCAGAAUCAAUCGGGCGACGGCGGAAGCUCGCGUUACCUGCAGCCCAAGUUGGAGAGGCCGAGUUGGAAGACAUCGUUAAAAUUGGUAGGGCAGGGGAGAACGCGAAGGCGUUGGUCGCAGGCGGGAUCGAUGCAAGUACGCAGUUGCUUAGCGAUUACGACGGGCUCGAGAGGGCGCGUAUGGCACGAACACCUCGCGCUGCACCUCAACACGACAAUGUUUUGUCUGAGGCUCGCAACCUACGCAACAUGACCAUGGCACAGACCCCACUACUCGGGGACGAGAAUACUCCAUUGCAUGCUGACCCCGCUGGAGGUACCGGUUUUGGAGGCGCAACGCCACGGCAUCAGGUCGCAUUCACACCCAAUCCCCUGGCGACCCCUUCACGUGUGGGAGGGGCGGACUCUUCUGCAACGCCUCGAGACAUUCAGGCAACGCGAGAUACAUUAAGUAUUAACCCCAACGAUCAAUUCUCUGUUGGCGAUACUCCUCGCGAAGAGCGGCUUCGCAUGAUGUCCGCGAAGCACGCGCUCAAGGCGGGAUUCAUGAGGUUACCGAAACCAGAAAAUAACUUCGAACUACUUGUUCCGGAAGAGGAAGAAGAAGAGGCGACGGAAGGCUCGAAGCCUCAGGAGGAAGAUGCGGGUGAUCGCGACGCGAGGAUGAGGCGCCAGCGGGAAGAGGAAGAGCGAAGGGCUCUUGCCCGGAGGUCGCAGGUUGUUCAGCGGGGACUUCCUCGACCAGCCCGAGUUCAGAUCGAACACUUACUGCAGGACCUCUCGCUCAACGAAGAGCCGUCGGAAUUUGCAGCAGCGGAGAAGCUCGUGCAUGCGGAGCUGGCAAGUCUCCUCGUGCAUGAUACCAUAGCCCAUCCUAUCCCCGGGACAGUCCAUCCUGGCAGCACACUGUCUUCGUACCAGAUGCCACCGGACGACUCAGUGGACCAGGCCAAGUUGGCAAUUCACGAGGAGCUUGCGAUCACUCUAGGCUAUCCUGGGGCAGGUGAGGAGACGAUGAAGCAGGGGAUUGCGGCGUUAUCGGGCCUGGACGAGGCGGACGAUUCGGCGUCGUGGGUGCAUGUGCGGCAACAAUUAGCAUACGAUGCUGCCUCGAAGACCUGGGUCAGCCCGGAGACGCUGUCUGAAGAGCAGCGAAUGGCCGGGCUGAGCGCGCUGCUCGAUGACUGCCGACAAGAUAUGGCGAAGGAGGCCAGUAAGGCAGCUAAGUCGGAGAAGAAGCUUACCGUCACACUCGGAGGAUAUCAGGCCCGAUCGAAGGCACUCGCGGAGCGAGUCACGGGCGCAUUCGAGGAGAUGAUGAAGGUGAGACUCGAGUACGAGAGCUUUGUGCGGCUGCGGACGAACGAGUCCGCCACUGGUCCGGGGCGGGUCUCGGCGCUAGGGGAGGAGGUAGAAAAGCUUGAGCGGCGUGAGCGAAUGCUGCAGGAGCGCUAUGCCGAGCUUGAGACAGAGCGGAGAGAGUCGCAGGCGCGGGUUGCCGCACUGGAGGAGAAGGUCAUGGUGGAGGCGGAGGCAAUGAACGAGGCUGCCCUGGCGGAGCUGGGGGACGCCGACGAUGGGAACGUCGAGGCUGUUGCUGCGGCUGCAUGA